AUGUCACUUUUGGCGGUGGUCAGAUACUUUCUUAGGCCACUCUUCCGACAUAAGGAAGAUAAGCAUCGGCGAAAAGGUGACCAUGAUACGGCUCAGUUCUACCGCUUACUACAGCUUCCAAGAUGUGGAAUUCCUCUUCUCUCAUAUAGGGAUCUCUGGCAGCCCGUUGAAAGAUAUAUCCAAAUGUACUUCAAGCUACGCUUCUCAAUACAGCGCGAAGUCUACCUGCGAGCCAAGCAUGACAUGUUGUUCGAGGCAUCGACGAAAGUCCCGUCUACUUCUGUAGAUGAGAUGCAAACCUACAAAAAGGAACUCUACUCUCUCAGAGAAACAAACUGCAACCUGGAACGAGAGACCUAUCGCUAUAUAAAUACGCUUCCCGACGGGCCUCUGGGGCGGAUGCUGUACGCACAUCAACAACAGAAGGAUUGGUAUCUCUCCAACUUUCUGCGCCAGGAAUGCGCACGCUCCGGGGGGUGCUGUGGACGGGAAUGCAGAUGCUGCGAGAAGCCGAGAACUGAUAAGCAUCCGCUCCAUAAGAGCCAUUGCACUUCAAUGUGCUUAUGCUGCGAAGACGCAAGGGGGUAUCCUGUGGAAGUUGAGAAAUAUGAGAAUGACCCGAUGAUUGUGGAUGUCUUCCUAUGCGGCUACCGCAACUUCUCCAGGGACUAUUUGACGUCUUGGGUAAAUGACUAUGUCUUUGGAUUUGAGUAA